GAGAGUGAAGCGCCAAACCCGAAAUGCCUCCAGGUUUUCUUAGUUUACCGUCUCAACUCAAACUGGGUGAAGACGUCAAACAAAUGUAGCGUUAAAACAUGAAUCCUCCAAGCAGCGAGGUGAUCGUUUUAUCAGAGACCAGCUCGGACGGUGAAGCUUCAGCAGCAGCAGCGGCGGCGGCGGUACGGGACAGGCAGAGGAGGAAAUGCUCAAGCAUCGCUCCAAUCUUCCUCCGCAGGUCACUGCACGGCCGCAUGAAACCAAGCCGUGAGGUGAAGGAGGCUGAUAAUCCAGCAGCCCCUCCUCCCCGGAGUCCAGACUGUGCAGAUGUUUGCCUGCACAGCUGGCUGUCAGAAACCCGGACGGCCAGCGCAGCGUCUCCAGGCUCCGGGCAGAGGAGAGGAAGCGACAGGCUGCAGCGCGAAGACAUCUCUCAGCAGCACGUCAGAGAGAAGAGGAAACGGUUGAGCGAAGUCUCUCCGAGGGUCCCGAAGCGUCAGAGUCUGGCUGAUGGUUCGGGUCACCGUCACCUGUCAGCGGAGGACGUCCGCAGCAGCGCCGUCCCUCCUGUGAGGCAGCAGCAGCAGCCCCGGAGCGGCAGGCUGAGUCGCUCUCGCAGGCUGAAGGUGCAAAGCCAGAUCUCAGCAGGCCUCGUGUCCAACUGUGAUCCGGAGUCUGCUCAGACAAAUCACACCGAGCCCGACAGGCAGACUCCCCAAACCUCUGACAGCUUUCAACAAGUGUUCUGUAUUGAGGAUAGACUCUGGACAGAGAAAUUCAGCCCUCAGCAUUCCAGAGAUAUCGUUGGUAAUUCUGCCCCACUGACUAAAUUACACAGUUGGCUAAAAAGGUGGAAGCUUCGAACUAAUCCAGACAAAAGGAGAAAAACUGAGAGAAAGAAGGAAGAAAAGAGCCUCGACUCCUGGGACUGUGGAGACUUCCAGGGCGAGGCUGGGUCAGAGGUCGACCAAGAGGAACCUCUGUGGAACGCCGUGCUGAUCACCGGACCCCCCGGCGUGGGGAAGACCGCCUCGGUGUACGCCUGCGCUCAGGAGUUUGGCUUCAAGGUGUUCGAGGUGAACUGCUCCUCGCAGCGCAGUGGCCGCCGCGUUCUGUCUCAGCUGAAGGAGGCGACCCAGUCCCACCUGGUGGAGGCUUCAGGGAAAGAUCUUCUGAAACCGGCUUACGUCAACACAGGCGGCGGUCCUCAAUCCGAGCCUUUACCUGGAAAAACUGCUCAAACUGUCCCCUCUGUCUCCAGACAGAGGGCCACACGGAGCUGGAGAUGCUCUGCUGGCAAAGUCAGAGCCAAACCAGCCACGGCCACCUUGGCGCAUUACUUUAAGACGAAGGCCAAAGCAAACGGCGACCGCCCUGGUGGCCUGCCGCCGCCUGAAGAAGCAGACCGCAGGACACCGGACAACUCGUCACUCGGCCCGGAUCAGACAUCGCCACAGAAGAAACAGGCGGCCACGUCGCUGAUCCUGUUUGAAGAGGUCGACGUCGUAUUUGAUGAUGACGUUGGAUUCUUUGCCGCCAUCAAGGCUUUCAUGACGACCACCAAAAGACCCGUUGUCCUGACCACAAAUGAUCCCUCGUUCAGCAGGAGGUUCGGCUGUCGCCUGGAGGAAAUCAUUUACAAACCGCCAUCUGCAGCGAGCGCCUGCCGCUACCUGCAGCUGGUGUGUCUGGCCGAGAAGCUGCGGGUGGACGUGGAGGACGUCGGCUGCCUCCUCAGACUCUGCAGUGGAGACGUGAGACGCUGCCUGCUGCAGCUGCAGCUCUGGCUGCAGGGCGGGAGAGCAGGGACAGCUCAGAGCGGCGGCGGAUCAGAGUCGCAGCUUCAUUCAGGCUGCUCUGCUUCUAUGUUGGGUCUCCAAUCGGCAACCCCGCAGUUCCUACUGAAACAUCUGAAGUGUCCAUCCUGGCCUGAAACGGAGCUAGAGGAGCUGCUGACACUCCUCGCUGAGAGCUGGAGGAGAGGCCUGCCUCUUCUGUACACCAACCUGGAGCUUUUGCUUGACACUGUGAUGCUUUGCGGGCUGCAGAUGGAGCCGUCACUCCCUCUUGAUGAUGUGAAAAUCCAACAGAGGAAACAGAAGACCAGUCCGAACGUGUCGGUCCAGCGUGUAAAGAAUAUCUCAAAGCUGAGCCGAAGGAAAAACAUUUCAGCGUUUGACGCCUCGUCGUCACCCAACCCGACCCACGAACCCCCAAGAGCAUCAGCAAGAUUCAACACCGAGCAGAGAGCAGCUCAGACUGUAGCCGAGUGUGUGGACGCCCUGGCUGACUUCUUCGACCUGAUGUCCUGCCUGAAUUCCUCGCUGCCAGCGGUGGGGAGGCUCUCUGCGUCUGAGACGUUCGUCUGGACCGGAUCCGAGCUAAAGGACGGUUUGCUGGACGAGCCGAGCGAGGAGCACGGCGGCAGCUGGAGCCGGGAGACGCUGCUGCCGGAUAUCCAGGCUGCUGUGGAAGGUCUGGGAUGCCGCAGGUGCUGGAGGAGAGUGUGUGCGGCGAGAACCGAAGCCCAGAGCUACAGACAGCAGCUGGAUGACCAGAGGUGGAAGACGUUGAUGGAGAGACUGGCGGUUAAAAGCUCUUCUGGAAAAACCAACCUCAGCUUUAGUGUUCAGCCCCUCUGUGCAGCCAGAAGGUUGGAGCUGAGCAGGACGGUUCUCAGCAGUAAAUACUUCAGCCUGCAGGGGAACAGAGAAGCGGUCGGCGUCGACUACAUGCCGCUCCUGCGCUUCAUCUGCCGCUCUCACGCAGCAGGAAAACACACCGAGGAGCCGGAGGGGUGUUUCAACUAUCUGAGCAGGAAGCGUCUGGGAAUCUCAAAGUCAACCGUGCGGCUCCUGGCAGAAGAGUUCUGAUCCCCCACCUCCCCAUACCAUCUGUUUUUAUUAUGACUCUCAUGAAUUCCAGGCACUGAGAUGAAUCAUGUUUUAUUUACAUUUAAGU